AUGAGCAAUGUUCUGCGUGUCUAUGCCAAUUUGUUUGCCUUUGCUGCGGUCAAGGAUGACGGGUCUGUGGUGACUUGGGGCUUGGCGGCGGCUGGAGGUGACAGCAGCUCCGUCAGGACACAACUUUCGACUGGGGUCUGCACUAUCUUCUCCACCCGCUCGGCCUUUGCAGCCUUGAAGGAAGAUGGCUCGGUGGUAACAUGGGGAAACGUGCAAUCUGGUGGCGGGCCUCAUCCGUGCACGGGAGCUGUACAAAGCAUUUCUGCCACAGAUGCUGCAUUUGCGGCUCUUACCAGGACUUCCGGCGUGCACGCCUGGGGUGAUCCUGCCGCCGGCGGACAUCCACACGAAGUUUCUGCAGACUUAGCCGGCGGUGUGCUAGCAGUAUUUGCGUGUAAGUGCGCGUUCGCCGCCAUGAAGCAUGAUGGUUCUGUGGUUUGUUGGGGGGCUGCUGUUGCCCGCCAGGGCUUUGACAGCGUUAGAUGCAAGUUUGGCAACAUGCAAGUACGGCACAUUGCUUCGACUUCCAACGCAUUUGCAGCCCUAAUGGCUGGAGGAUCCGUCAUUUGUUGGGGGGAUCCCGCCUGCGGCGGAGACUCUUCAGGGGUGGACGAGCAUCUCCAGGACGACAUCGUAAAGAUAUACAGCAACGAAGUGGCUUUUGCUGCCGUGAAGCGUGGUGGUGUGGUGGUGCCUUGGGGAGGACACUAUCUCGAUUUGGAUUUAUGUUCCACCGGACAGCGUCUGGAUGGUGUCGAGCAAGUUGCCGCAACGCGCUUGGCCUUCGCAGGGCUUAAAUCCGAUGGCACCGUUGUGACCUGGGGGCACCGUAACCGGGGAGGAGACAGCAGUGCCGUUGCUCGGCAGCUCCGAGAAGUGAGGAAAGUCUGUGCUUCAGACAGCGCCUUCGCUGCAGUCACCGUUUCCGGUGCUGUGGUUACAUGGGGUGUGAAGGAUGAAGGAGGCAACUAUUGCUCUGCCGAUGAGCUCCUUGAGAGCGAUGUUCAUGACGUGCACUCUACAUGUAAUGCCUUUAUGGCCAUCAAGUACGACGGAUUGCACAUCUCUUCCGGCGACGAGAAAAGGGACCGAGCUACUGCACAGCAGGUGCAGUCGCUGCACGUUUCACCAACUGCUGACUCGAUACCUCUGCUAGUCGGACCUAGGAAGAAGGAGCCAAAAGGAAACAAUCAGGAAGUGCCGAGGGAUCCGUCUUUGCUGGAUGGUCAAGCUGUGCCCGAGAGGUUCCGCGCCUGCAGCACCCAUCUCGCAUGGUUGGCCGCAGAGAAGGAAGUGCAGGACGUCCGGCAACUGGUACAUGUCAGUGGGGAUGAGGGGUGA